UUAACAGCAGUGUGUCUGCCACACCCCACUCCUCUUGACAAGGCCCAGGCUCACACCGAAAGUAGUUAAAGCUGCCAGAGUUACAGAGCAAUGACCGGUCUCAUUGAAGGAAUUGAGAAGUUCGACAGUCCUGGGAAGGGACGAGGACUUCGGGUUACCAAGGCCUUUAAAGUCGGAGAGCUCCUGUUUUCCAGCCCACCAUAUUCUUAUGUGCUGUCGGUCGAAGAGAGAGGUAACUACUGUGAGUUCUGCUUCACCAGAAAAGAAGGCUUGGCAAGAUGCGGGAAGUGCAAGAAAGCUUUUUACUGCAAUGCAAAGUGCCAGAAAGGAGACUGGGCCAUGCACAAGCUGGAGUGUUCAGCCAUGAAUGCAUUUGGAGAGAACUGGUGCCCGUCAGACACAACCCGCCUUGUUGCUCGAAUCCUUGCUAAGAAGAAAAUGAUGAAAGAGCGAUGUGUUUCGGAGAAGAUGUUGCUCAUUGAAGAGCUGCAGUCGCAUUUAGAGGAUGAAGAUAAUGAAAAAAGAGAGAGAACCGACACAGACAUUGCUGCCCUCCAUCGGUUUUACCCUAAACAUUUGGAGUUGCCUGACCACAAAGACCUGCUUACACUCUACUCCCAGGUUGCCUGUAAUGGUUUUACAAUAGAAGAUGACGAACUUUCCCACAUUGGUACUGCAGUCUAUCCAGAUGUGGCACUUAUAAACCACAGCUGUCUUCCCAGCGUCAUAGUAACAUAUAAUGGCACAUCUGCUGAAGUCCGGGCAGUGCAGGACAUGAAACCUGGAGAUGAAGUUCUCAUCAGCUACAUAGACCUCCUUUAUCCAACAGAUGAUCGAAACAACAGGCUGAGGGAAUGCUACUACUUCACCUGUGAUUGCUUGGAAUGCAAAACCAAGUCCAAAGAUAAGGCAAAGCUGAAAAUUCGCAAGCAGAGCGAUCCAGUUGAGCCACAUGUGGUCGACAACAUGAUCCGCUACGCCAGGAACACUGUCAGGGAAUUCAGGGCCCUAAAACAUGUCAAAACUCCUAGUGAGUUGUUGGACAUGUGUGAGCAGAGCCUGGAGAAAAUGGGAGCGGUCUUUGAUGACUCCAACGUCUACAUGCUCCAUAUGAUGUACCAGGCCAUGGGGGUUUGCAUUUACAUGCAGGAUGCAGAUGGAGCUAUCAGAUACGGCGAGAAGAUCCUCAAACCUUACAGCAAGCUUUAUCCCCCCUACUCGCUGAAUGUGUCAUCAAUGUACCUGAAGAUGGGCAGAAUCUACAUAAAUAUGGACAGGAACUCAGAGGGCACCAGUGCUCUGAAGAAGGCAAUGGCUAUAAUGGAGGUGGCUCAUGGAAAGAACCACCCUUUCCUCAAAGACUUACGUAAAGAGAUUGGACAAAAGUGAAGACAAUUUUGGGACUGAUUUGAUCCGGGCUUCACAGAACUGUGAGAUUUGGGUUUUUUCUUUUUUACUUUGCUCAUGAAGAAGAAUUUCCUGACUGUAAAAUAAAUAAAUAAAUAAAUAAAAAA